UCGUUUGGUUGACAAUCGCGAUGUGAUGUAUUCUACAUCAUCGCAUGCUGAGUUAUAUUUUCAACAAAACCUUUUAAUUUUAAUUAAGUUACUUGAUUAAUUUCUAAAUGUUUUCUUUCAUUGUGAAUACUUUUCUCUGUUUUAAUUUCUAAAUAUGUGUAAUUUGCCGCCGAAGUUCCAUUCAGUGUGUCGCCUUUGUUUAUCAUUCUGUGGCGAUAAUUGCAGUGAUGUUAAACUUCCAAUUUUUGACCGUGAUAAGGAUAAAUCACGUCUUUCCGAGAUGAUAAUGGCAAAUUUGUCAAUAAUGGUUUCCCCUGAAGACUUGCUGCCACAAGUCGUGUGUGGGGGCUGUGCACACAAACUUGAUGAAUUUCACACCUUCCGAGAAUUAUCACACAAAUCUGAACGACUUUUGGAACAGUUUUUGCAAUAUGCUAAUUCACUCUCUGGUCCAAAAGAGGAAGUCCUGAACAUAACGGCGGCAAAAUUAGAAGAAAUAAUCAAGCCACUGAGCGACACCGAUUACGAGGAUGAUUUAAAACACAAAUAUGCAGAGAUCGGCUCUCCAGACUCGACUGAGGAGAUGAAGAAUUUGGAGAGCCGGCAAGCGGCGGUCACACUACUACAAAUAAAAAAUUACGACCCAAGUAAAUAUGUGGUCAAACAAGAAGAGGAGCCUCAUAUAAUGUUCAACAGCGUACAGAGUUUACCGCCCUCUGACAGAGCGAGAGAGGUGAUGCACUGCAACUCCGUCAUCGAUAUUAUAAACAAGGCUGUGGCGGUGGCUCGGGAAACCGAUGAGUCUCCAAAAUACGCACAGAACUACACGGGAGUCAUAGACAGGACACACGCGGCCGGCGCGGCCGAGUACCAGCACGAGUACCCGGACGAGCAGUAUGCGUACAGCGCGUCUCAGCACGCUGCCAGCCCCACGAGCAACGACGACCAUGACAACAAAGAGAUGGACCUCUCCCUAUACAGUUCUGUCAAAAACGAGCCCAAUGACCCGACUGACCAGCAGGACAGAGAACACUCGAACACUUACUUCCACGGCGCCCUCGCACACAAAACAAACUUCGUUGAUGAGUACAAGCAACAUAUCUUUGGUCGAAACAAAAUGAAAACGUCAAAAGAAAAUUCGUCGGUAUAUGAAGAUUGUAGUCGGAGUAGUAGUGGGUCAGAUCCAGACAGGCUUCAGAUGGACAUAUCUCAGAUGUCGCAGGACGACCCUGAGGAGACGCAAUCAGCACGAUCGACCCAGUCUUCGCCGCAACCCGCUAUGGAACACGAACAAGAUAAGGAAUCCCUCUGGCAGGCCCUACAUAGACAAAACGGACGUAGCGGAGAAGCGACACAGCUACUACGACGACUAAUCAACAGCAAGCAGCUUGGCAUGACAGUAUCCCCACUGAGGACGCCGGCCUCACCACUAUCCUCAACUGUACAACAACCCAUCAAUGGCUCAGUCUCACCGAAUGGCGAAUGGACAAGUUCAGGUCGCGGUUCGAGUGUGGCCGGCACUGCACGAAGAAAACAAAGUUUCCCAGCACGAGCACAACCUAUUAUGGCCGUGGACCCGCCCGCCACGAACGCGCAAUGGCCACAAACAGUAUCUGAAAAUCAGGAACCACCAGAAGGGUCAUCGACUCCUGGGGGAGCAGGAUCAGGUCGGUCGGGGCCGCGCGUGGAGCUAUCGUGCAGUAACUGCGGCACGCACACCACCACGAUCUGGCGACGCGACGCGCGCGGGGAGAUGGUCUGCAACGCCUGCGGCCUGUACUUCAAGCUGCACGGCGUGCCGCGCCCCACCGCCAUGCGCCGCGACACCAUCCACACGCGCCGCCGCCGGCCGCGCCACGACGGCAAGCAUACUAAGAGUAAAUCUCGUCGUAGCGGCGGCAGCGGGGGCGGCGCGGCGGGCGAGGCGGGCGAGGGCGCGGGCAGCGGCGGCGAGGGCGCCGAGGAGGCCGUGCUGCAGGCGCUGCGCCGCCAGCUGCAGCCGCAUCUACUGGCCGCGCUGCACGCGCGCACCGCGCGGCCCUCGCACCACGACCAGGUGGGUAUAAGCGCCCCGGACUACGACGAGGCGCCCCUGAAUCUGGUCGCCAGCCACGUCGCCGCCGCCGAAGAGACUCACUGACUGCCCUCUGUGAUACACUCGCUACGGACGCCAUAGCCCCGGCGACACGUUUCACCCACACAUUGUUCCCUUACAGCAUCGCGUGUAUGUUCCAUAUCGACAGCUUCUCUACAAACUUACAAUGUUCCUAUGAAUGUUGGACACAAGCACGGCACGCUAAUAACACUUGUGACUAACAAUCACAGAAACAUUCGCUCGAAAAGCAAUAUAAAAUUAAUAGAGUAUAAGUAUACAUGCAAUAAUAACAUUCUUCAUAUAAUAUAGUACUAAAUAUCUAUUUAGUGAUAGUUCAGGCCAGUGUAUGAUGACAAUAGUGGGGAAUAUAUAUAUUAAAAUGUUUAUCCCUUUCAUCCGGUCGUAAUAGAAUAAAAUGUGAAUUAUUUUUAUAGAAGAUCAUACAUUUUUUCAUAAUAGAAUCUCACGUAGCACUCAAUGAUGGUUUCGCUUCUUCCAUAUUAUUAUAUAAAACGACCGGUUGAAAUGUGGAGUGGCAUAUUAGAGCGUUUAGGAUGGGUGAAAGAUUGUCGACAACGUUAUUUCAUAUUACACAAGGUUGUAUAUGUAUUAACUACCACAUUUCUGUUCCGUAGUCGACAAUAUUUUGUCCAGUACCUAAUCAAUAGGAAUACGAUUAAAAAUAUACAAAACCAGGGCAUUACGCAUAAUUUCGUGAUUUGGUCGCGGGAAACAAUAUACAUUGAUUGUAUUAGUGCCUACUUAACGUAUAGGGAUGAAAAUGGUACCACAGUGUACGGUUCACGUAAGAGUACUUUCCGUGUGUACAUUAUUCUUAACUUGUGAUAUGUAUGAUUGUUGGUCAUGCAUGAGUAAGCAUCGUGCAGUUUGUGAUGGCAGCUCGGAGUGACGAUACUUCCAGCAGUCGUAUGUAAUAAAGUAUUCGGGUUUGUUCGGUCAAAUUUCGCAGCCUCGGACAGACGCCAAUUGCGAUCUGUAAUUAUAAAUCUCAAAAAGAUAAUGACACUAUGAUAUCGGGUUUUAUUAUAGUAAGCCUUGCCUUAGAAUGCUCUCUUUGAUAUUAUUGAAAUUAUAUUUACGGUUACCUAUUGCAGGACGCAAGUAUUCUUUUAGUUAUAGGUCAUAUUGUAAAUUUUAUUGUUUACGUAGUAGUUGUAAUGCUUAAAUUCAGUAAAUUAUAAGUGUCUAAUUUAUUUCCCAUUUCGGUCAGUAUUUACAAUGUAAGUAUUUUUUUCUGUCGAGUAUUUUUUUUUUUAGAUAAGGUAACAAAAUGAAAAGAAGCAAUAAUAACAAGCAAAAUGAUUCUGGAAAUAUAUAAAGUCCAGGGCACAUUAAUACCGUAGGGUUGGUAAAUAAUAAUAAAUAUAUAGAAUUAUAAAAUUACUUUUGGAUUUAUAUAAAGUAUUUAAUAAACAUCUUUUAUUUACCACGCUUCAACAUUGCCUGCUUGAAUUUUAGCAAAUUCCUAAUGUAUAAACUCUCGAUCAUAAAUAGUUCACUAAUCUGUGGUGUACUUACAAUAGUAUACAUUCUCAUUAACAUAGUAAUUAUGAUGAUGUUGCCUUUAUAUAUUACUAAUGAACAGUAAACACCUGUAACUUUGGCAUUAUUAAAAUAGAUAUAUUGUACGUCAUAACAUAAGGAAAACAAUUAUUUUAAGAAUUAUAUUUUCAAUCCAUUUAUUAUAUUGGGCAUUUGUGGUCGUUAAGCGUUAGAACAAACCAUUUAAAAGAAACGUUGUGGCAUUAUAUUUGAGUUAAAAUCUACCGGAUUCACCUCAUGAUGGUCAGUGUUAUGUGUUUAUUUAUAACAGAAAGCAUUUACGUUAUCUGUACCUUGAACUGGGCUGUUUUGUUAUUGCUUCCAUUCGACUUAUUUAGCUGUGAACUCCGUCACCGUCCUUUACUUGACGUCUCUACUUAAUUUAGUGUUAGUUCGUUUAAUUAUCGAAACCCCACGGGCCAGUAAAAUACAGCAGUCUAUGAGACAUUGUGAUAUACUUAGCUAGACAACCUCCGCUGUAACGUAGCUGAGGCAUCUGAACGUGUGAUUCUGUUGCAGCUAACCUUCAACGUUUCGUCAAGCUUAUCGUAUUUAAAAGCUUUAAAAAUUGAGAUUAUUUAUUCAUUCUUAUUGGGAUCACUAUAUAGUUGUCGGUGUAGUGUACCGUUAGUAUUGCCUACGCCUAGUUUGUGUCGGAGUAGCUGUCUACCUUGACAAUAAUGGUUCAUUCAUACUCUUGAUGAAACCGUAAUGUACGUAAAACUAAAAGUGUUUUGCUCUCUAUUAAUUUUAGCUCUCUCUACGAUGAUAUUAAAAUUUAAAUUCAAUUUACCCAUUUUGAUCUUGAUAUAGGAACUAGGUCGUGUUUAUUUUUCUAAGAGUAUAUCUAUGACCGAAUAUUAUAUGUCGAAUAUUUUUUUAAAUUGUCGUUAGAAGUGACGUUGUGGUCAGAAAUUUAUAAUAACCUACUUAUUUAGCUGUGAAUAAUUAUAAACAGAAUAAACAGUAGACUAUCUUGAUUUAUAUAAAAAUUAAACAAUAUUCACAGUAUCAAUUCUGUGCUGGUUUACAAAGAAUAAGUGGGUCAUUUGUUUAGUCCAAACUGAUUGUUAUGGAAUGCAUCUCAGUGUGAAGGAUUGUCACUUUGAAUACUAGCCUGCUAGUGUAAUUUGGACAUCAUAGGACAGUUCUAAAUCUCCACUAAUAUUGCUGAUUGCAGUAAUGAUACAGUAUUAUUUUAUUGAAAUCUACUCUGUACAUUUGUGUUAGGUUUAUUAUUUUUGUAUUUUUAUUAGGUUUUAUCUAGUUUGACUUCCGAAUUUAACUCGUUUACUAUAAUUGUCGGUGGUAGUGGAAUAUUUGAUUAAAUAUUUUCGCUUAAACAUCGUCGUCUACUUACAUAUUUCAUUCGUUUUGUGUUUCUCUAUGUCUCAGUCGACACAUACAGCAGGAUACAACUUCGAUAGAUCUUCCAAUUUGGUUAUUUAUUACGUUAGGUUAAUUUAUGGAUAUAUCGGUAUUAAGAGUUGAUGAACAAUGUAUAUCGUCAUUUAGUUACUAACGAACCGGUUGUGUUGUGUGUGCUUACGCUCUAACAAGCAUGUGUUUGUGAUUUUGUUUUUAUUAUCACGUCUGACAGAGGCGCAGACAGUACCAAUACUGUUGUGUAUUAUUAUAAUUUAUGCUGGAAUAUGGGCUUCGUAUUCAUAUCCUAGGAAUUCCAUUCGACAUUGUAUGUAACGUCAUUUUUCGAAGAUUUAAGACUGACAAGAACUCUCAUGAAUGUCUUCUGUUUUUGUAUUCACUCCCACGUUAUAUUUCGCUCGAGUUACGUAUUCGAAAAAUGAUAAUGUAAAAGUAUUUUUAUUCAUUGUGAUAUAUUUUGUUGGAGAAUGUAGUAGAUGUGUGUAUCCGAAAAGCAAUAACAUUGUGAUAAGUGGUGAUGAACAUUGUAUGUAAAACUGAACAGUAAUAUCUGAAUAAUAUAGAAUGAAUAUUGUCAAUUAUAUAUCGUGUGCGCUGGAGACUGGAGCUCAGUCUAUUAUAGUAAUACUAUCGUAGGUGUUAUGAUAGCAAACAAGUAACGAAAGCAAUAGACCUGUUGGUCACAGAGCCUUAUAAUCCAAAUUAAAUAUUAUUCUAAUAGUAAUUGUAAUUAAGAAAUGUAUGUUGUAUUUACCUAGGUACCGUGAGCCCAGUUGUCCAGCGACAAACUUUAAAACCGAUAAACUCGUCUUUUAAUGUCAAAUUUCAACUCGAUGCAGCAGAUGUAAAUUAUUCUGCUGGUAAUUUCUUCGUAAAGACGUAUUUAUAAUAUUAUGAUAUUAACAUAAAGCAAUAAUUUCCAAUAUAGAAAGCUUUGAAGGACCAUUUGUUAUUGUUGUUGUCAAAUUACAUAACUGUACGUAUUUAUAGUAAGUUUCAGCAUAAAUUAUCCGUUUGAGAUUGUUUAGUAUGAACACGUGGCCGGAAUACUCAUUGUGAAACAUUAGUUAUUGUUGUAUAGAUGAUAAAUAAUGUGACUUACGCAGGGAUGGAUACUUAAAUUAUUAAAGUUUUAACUGAUAUAUUGGCUAUGUAGUGAGUAGAAUAUUUUUUUACAAAUAAAUUAUAGCAGCUAA